UAGACAUGGCCAAACGCGCGGCGGUCGGUGUAUACAUUUGUAAAUAAUGACUCGUUGGUAAACUUACAUGUAUUAUGUGAAUCUAUUUGUGAAGAUCGAAAAUGCCGCCCAAGAAGAAAGGAAAAGGGAAGGGAAAGAAGGGGAAGAAGAAGAAGAAGAAUGAUGCUGAGUUAACAAUCGAAGAUAAAUACAAGCAGACAUUGAAUGAAAUUGAGGCUCUUAAAGAUCACCUUUCAAGUAGGAAGGAUCUGGCAAGACGUUCUCAAUCACACAGUGAAGAAUGGAAGAUGAAGAUGAAGAUUGCACAGGAGGAUCUAGAUCAACAGAAGACGGAUCAACGCGACGUCACAUCAGAUAUGACGCGGCAGUACAAGACAAUGCAGACUGAGAUGGGGGUCAGAGUUCAUCAACUUGAAGCCGACCUUGCCAAGACCAAGACCCAGUUAGCGAGGACACAACAUGAGCUGAAAUCGACCAAAGAGCAAAAAGAACAAAUGACGAAAGAGAAAGAUGGAACGAUCGCUGAACUGGAGGAUAAGAUUAAGAAUAUGGAAUUUUCAUACGAGAACAUGUUGCACGAAGCGUUAGACAACUUAGUCUUAAAAUUGGAUGCAGCAAAGAAGAGAUGGACCAACGAGGCUACACACAUACAUGGUGUCCAGAAAGAGAAGUUACUGGAGUUUGGACUCAACCCCCUGGAUAUAUAACAGCAAAUGGGCAAAACUAAUGGAUAUUUAAUGGCAAGCUCCAGGAUUCUGGAUUGACAAGAACAUCAGGGCCAAAUAGACCUUUCAAUUGCUACUUCACAGCCCGAGUUUUUGCCAAUAGAGGUUGGAAAAAUAUUGAACAAUGCAAAACAUAAACAGACAGCCACACUAAGUAAUGUUACCCACAUAUUCAAACCAGUGUUGAAAUUGUUUGAAAAAAAAA